UAGCCCACAACGUGCCGGGGAGAGAGAGGCAGCAGCAGCAGCAUCAGCAGCAUCAACCCAUCAAAGCGCCAACUUCGCUCGUGCAGUCGUGUUGCGUGCCCACGCGAGACGUUGCUGCCAUUCGAACAGAGGCUGCGGUUUUUUCCUCCUCUCCCACUCUCUCUGUGCGCAGUCAAGAUGUCAGAUAGCGCAGCUUACACUCCCACCACCACGGCGGCGGCGUCGGGCGGCCAAAACCCUGGACUGGUGGACAAAGAUUACCCCAGGACUCUGUCUGGGCUGUUAAAAAUAGUGCAGAUGGUCCUAGUGUUUGUGGCCUUCUUGUGCAUAAGCUGUUCUAGAACUUGGACAAACUACUCGGCCCUCCGCUACUUUGAGACCACCACCCUGUGGUUCUUCUUCACGGUCCUCAUUCUGUUCAUCAUUUUCUUAUUCCGCCUCCACAAACGCAUCACCUUCAUCCACUGGCCCCUCACUGAGCUCAUCCAUUAUGUCAUUUCGUUCAUCCUGUUGCUGAUUGCCUCCAUCACAGUAGCUGCUAAUGCCGGAAGCAUUGGCAGUCUAAUUGUCGGCACGAUCUUUGGUUUUCUGGCUACUGGAGCUUACGGCUUUGGUGCGUGGUUCACUUAUAGGAGUUGGCGCAUGCCUGCUGCUCCAACUGCUUCUGUAUAACGGACUCCACUGAACUUGGCAGAAGAUACGCCACAGCCAAACACAGAUGGUGCUGACAUAAGCACCACGACCUCUUGUAUUAUUUACUGAAUCAUGUUUCGUUUAAUUAGAGGCUUUAGAUAUUCAUUACAAAUAUAUUAGAAUUGUAAAAUGUUAAAAAUAUUGCAUGUGCAUAAAUUCUGAUGUGUAGGCUGUUUUAUGUAACACUGUCAUCAAUAUGGCUAUAGAGGAGCAUACUAGUUGAGAUGUGCAUGUUGAGCAUUGAUGAAAAUAUGAUUGGUUGCAUUGUAAGUAUGGCCAAGUCAUGUGCAUGUGUUUGGACCAAUCAUUUAAUUUGCAGCAGCUAGCCAAACCCUCAUGUAGACUCAGUGCAAUUUGCUGAGAUUGCGUGUAGUGUGUGGGUGCUAGGACCAAUGAUAGAGCUCACUGCAGCUGACCACACACACACACUGCUGCCCUUUGUAGCUGUAGUGAUGGCAGUGGUAGAUUGAAACAUGCCUGAGUGCCUUAUUUUAAAUACAGAAUGUUUGGUACAAAACUGUAAACUGAAAUCUUACCCAAUAUAUCCUUUCCCCAUAGAAAAGCAGUGUGUCUCUCUCUGUGUAUCGGUGAAUUGGUCCACAGGCCUAUUGGCUUUGCAGACCAAUAUCCAGCAGCAUUUAUUUAAGAAAGGACACUGGACUGGUUUCAACCUUCUGGGUCUCAUCACCAGAGUCAAACUUGCUAAACAAAUGCUGCUGGAUCACCAGAUGUUAUUAGUUUCCCCCAUAGAGUUUGGUUUAGGAAUUGUAAAGCUUUGGAGUGCCUAGAAAUUAGACUUGCAUUUAACUUACUCGAAAAAAAGGAAAAACAGUAUUGACAUUUUCAUUUCAUGGGCUAUGUACAUAGCUUUCUGAAUAUACAGUGAAGUGCCUUUCCUAGAACUGUAGCACCAAACCAUAGCUUAAAAAAUAUAUAGCUACACCAUGCUUCAAACUAAUAUCUUGCGAUUUACGUGAAUGCGAGUGAAAACAUUGAGGGCAUUGACAGAUUUCUCUACUUAGUCUGUUUUGAGGCCUUCACAAAAAACACAUUUACAGAAAACUAAUGUUACAAUUAGUUUUUUUCAUCUGGGAUGUUUAUAUGCAUUUCAUGCAGGUAUACAAUCAAGCCAAAGUUGUUGUGGUAUUUGCCAACAGCAGGAUAAUAUUGCCUUUUUGAAGCUCAGGAGAUUAAGGGUUUGGUUACCAGUGGUGUGUAUAAGCAUGUCUACCUAAGAACAGUACCAAAAACAUGUACCAACGUAUGCCAAGUUAAUGGAGCUACCAUAAUCAACAAUCAUUGCAAGAGGAUAUACAAAAUGCCAUCUAUCAGUAUAAUGAUACAAUACCAGUAUUGAAUCAAACGUGGUACAUACCGCACUGAGGAGGUGUAACCGACUAGCCCGUACGUAACUACAUUAUGUUUUACAUGUUGGGAUGCAUACCAUGGACAUGUUAUAUGCACCACAAUACACAUUCAGAGAAGAAUUUCUUUAUACAAUGUGUAUGAUAAGCCUCUAAGUUGAUAUUUUAUAUUUUUUGCUAUUAUGAUAUGUUAUGUAAAAAAAAAAUAGCUCCAUGGUUAUUAUAGUAUGCAUGUAAAAAAACACAUGGUCCAGGGCUUGUUUCAUAUUUCUAAUCCGUUGGUCAUUAUUGCAGCCAUAUUUCAUUUUGUGUCGAGUAUAUUAGAAAAAAAAACAACACGAUUUUGGGGUUGCUUGGUGGGAGAUGUCUUCCAAAGUACAGUAUGUGUACUUUACGUAAUUUUACUGCACAUUUUCUAAAUACCGAAGGGCAAGGAAUGAUGUUUCUAGGGGAAUUGUCACAUCAGUGGCUCUAGGAGGCCUUCAUUGAGCAGACUGACUGAUGAUGAAUGACGAAUUUACUUUGUCUCACGGAACAUGUCCUCUUGGUGAAAAUACCCAAAUCAUGUUUACUCGUGCAAUAAUCAAAUCCACCUCAAAAGGUGAUAUUUCACCAUUGGGGCAGAUGUAUUUUAUUGUGCCAAGGCAUUGUUGGCGUGUGCAUGCAAUCUGUCUUUAUGUGGGCUGGAUGUUGGGCAAAGUAAGCCGGCAUAUUUUCAUGUUGGUUGCAUGCAUCACAUGCUUCAGGCAUGCUUUCAACUAGGCCACAUAGGAUCUAGAUGCUAUGGCACGAAGCACACAGCUGAAAUUCAUACCCCAAAAUGCUUCACCAACCAUACAACACGGGAUCCUAUUCAUAUAAAUAUGUUGAAUACAUCCCUUCCCUGUUAUAUAUAAAAAACAAAACUUUUUAUUAACUUCAUUACUUUUCCAUGUGAACAUAUGUUGUCUUUAUCUGCAAAAACAUGAGAUUCCCUGUUUUUACAAUUGGGUUUCCAUUUGCAAAUUAUUAAAUUGCAUUAUUUUUUUUUUAAAUCAAUCAUGUCCAUUAUCUGUAUAUUUGAUGCGUUGCAUCGAUUGCCAUUUUGUUUUUUACAGUCCGAAUAUAUUUCUGCAGAUCAUAAAAAGAAAGGAUUCUUUAAAAAAAUGUACGUCUUAUAUGCCUGCUAGAUAAAUACCUAUGGCAGCGAAUAGCAUCGUAAAUAUCAACAUGCAAGUUUGAAAGCCACGCAACAGCUUCUGGUAGGGCUGAAUGGUUGCCAGUAGCGCGGUAACGUACGUAACAUUUUGGUGUAAAAGAUUCAACAUUCGGAUUGUCUAUUUAGGUCGGAAGUGCCACCAUGGAGGGUUUGGUUAAUGUAAUGCUGUUUUUACAAAUGGUGAUGUGGACGUGCAAAACAUGGAAUAAUUAAAAUGUUAAAUGCAGUUAGCACAUGUCACACUUGAAUGUGUUUUGUUUUUUAAUAAACCGUUAUUAUGUUUC